GAAGCGCGGGUGAGCGGCGCGAGAAGCGGCGGCCGCGUUCUCCAGCCCGGUCCUGAGUAGCUGAGACGGCUGCAGCGCCAGGACCUGCAUCGCCAAUGGAUACCGAGGGGUUUGGAGAGCUCCUUCAGCAAGCUGAACAGCUUGCCGCGGAGACCGAGGGCAUCUCAGAGCUACCCCACGUGGAACGGAACUUACAGGAAAUCCAGCAGGCGGGCGAGCGCCUGCGCUCCCGCACCCUCACACGCACGUCCCAGGAGACAGCAGAUGUCAAGGCGUCGGUUCUCCUUGGGUCCCGGGGGCUCGACAUAUCCCACAUUUCUCAGCGUUUGGAGAGUCUGAGUGCGGCCACCACCUUUGAGCCUCUUGAGCCUGUGAAGGACACGGACAUUCAGGGUUUCCUGAAGAAUGAGAAGGACAAUGCUCUGCUGUCGGCCAUUGAAGAGUCCCGGAAGCGGACCUUUGGCAUGGCCGAGGAGUACCACCGAGAGUCCAUGCUGGUCGAGUGGGAGCAAGUCAAACAGCGAAUUCUCCACACGCUGCUGGCAUCAGGAGAAGAUGCCCUUGACUUUACUCAAGAGAAUGAGCCGAGUUACAUCAGUGACCUGGGCGCCCCCGGGCGAAGCUCUCUGGACAGCAUCGAGAUGGCCUACGCCCGGCAGAUUUAUAUCUAUAAUGAGAAGAUUGUGAAUGGGCACUUGCAGCCUGACCUUGUGGACCUCUGUGCUGCCGCCGUGGGGCCGGAUGACAAGAGCAUCUCGGACAUGUGGGCCAUGGUCAAACAAAUGACAGACGUGCUGCUGGUCCCGGCAACAGAUGCGGUGAAGAGCCGCAACAACGUGGAGGUGCGCAUGGAGUUUGUCAGGCAGGCCCUGGCCUACCUGGAGCAGAGCUACAAGAACUAUACCCUGGCGACUGUCUUUGGAAAUUUGCACCAGGCUCAGCUGGGAGGGGUGCCCGGAACUUACCAGUUGGUUAGAAGUUUCCUGAACCUUAAACUUCCAACACCCUUGCCUGGACUUCAGGAUGGAGAGGUGGAAGGCCACCCCGUGUGGGCGUUGAUCUACUACUGCAUGCGUUGCGGAGACCUGCUCGCCGCUUCCCAGGUGGUGAAUGGAGCCCAGCACCAGCUGGGGGAGUUCAAGACCUGGUUCCAGGAGUACACGAGCAGCAAGGACAGAAGAUUGUCCCCAGCUACUGAGAACAAGCUGCGACUGCACUACCGCCGGGCUCUCCGGAACAACACGGACCCCUACAAGCGGGCCGUGUACUGCAUCAUCGGCAGAUGCGACGUCGCCGACAACCAGAGUGAAGUGGCGGACAAGACUGAGGACUACCUGUGGCUGAAGUUGAACCAAGUGUGCUUUGAUGAUGACGGCACCAGCGCCCCGCAAGACAGACUCAGCCUCUCACAGCUCCAGAAGCAGUUGCUGGAGGACUAUGGAGAGUCCCACUUCACCGUGAACCAGCAGCCCUUCCUGUACUUCCAAGUCCUCUUCCUGACCGCCCAGUUCGAAGCCGCCAUCGCCUUCCUCUUCCGCAUGGAGCGGCUGCGCUGCCACGCUGUCCACGUGGCCCUGGUGCUCCUUGAGCUGAAGCUGCUCCUGAAGUCCUCAGGGCAGAGCGCGCAGCUCCUCAGCCACGAGCCCGGAGACCCUCCUUGCAUGCGGCGGCUCAACUUGGUGCGGAUGCUCAUGCUCUACACGCGCAAGUUUGAGUCCACGGACCCGCGGGAAGCCCUCCAGUACUUCUACUUCCUCAGGGACGAGAAAGACGGCCAGGGGGAAAGCAUGUUUUUGCGCUGUGUGAGCGAACUGGUGAUAGAGAGUCGCGAGUUCGAUAUGAUUCUGGGGAAGCUGGAGCAUGAUGGGAGUAGAAAGCCUGGAGUCAUAGAUAAGUUUACCAGUGACACAAAGCCUAUUAUCAACAAAGUUGCUUCCGUGGCAGAAAAUAAAGGCCUGUUUGAAGAAGCAGCAAAGCUGUAUGACCUUGCCAAGAAUCCUGACAAAGUGCUGGAGCUGAUGAACAAGUUGCUCAGUCCUGUUGUCCCCCAGAUCAGCGCCCCCCAGUCCAACAAAGAGAGGCUGAAGAACAUGGCACUCGCCAUCGCUGAACGGUACAGGGCUCAAGGGGUCAGCGCCAAUAAACUGGUGGGCUCCACCUUCUACCUUCUCCUGGACUUGAUCACGUUCUUCGACGAGUAUCAUAGUGGUCACGUGGACAGAGCCUUUGAUAUCAUCGAUCGCUUGAAGCUGGUGCCCCUGCAUCAGGAAAGCGUGGAGGAGAGGGUGGCUGCCUUCCGGAACUUCAGCGAUGAGAUCAGGCACAACCUCUCGGAGGUGCUUCUGGCCACCAUGAACAUCUUGUUCACACAGUUUAAGAGACUGAAGGGAACAAGUCCAACCUCGGCAUCCAGGCCCCAGCACGUCAUCGAGGACCGCGACUCUCAACUCCGCAGCCAAGCCCGAGCCCUGAUCACCUUUGCCGGGAUGAUACCCUACCGGACGUCUGGGGACACCAACGCGAGGCUGGUGCAGAUGGAGGUCCUGAUGAACUAGCUGCCCAGCUCGGGACUCAGCCGUCAGUACCACACGCGGGGCAGCGCGUGGGGGGGCUGUUUUCAUUUCCGUUGUGUUGUGGUGGUUUGUUUUUUGUAUUACGUAUUUUUGUCAACACCAAUAAAUUUUUUUGGUUUAUAUUUCUUUCAAACA